CUCGAAUACGGUCGAGUACGGACCAUCGGUUCUAGGCUAUCUGCGGUCAAGUGGCACGGCGAUGGCGCUGCUGCAAGAUCUGUAUGUCAGCUCCUGCCACCGCUGCCGUCUUCGUCGACUCGUCACCGCAUUCCCUUUGCGACCCAUGCAGGUAGCUGGAACCGAGAAAGCUUCGGUAGUAGGUAGUGGUGCCACGAUGCCCGACACAUGUGCUGCUUUGGUAUCAUUCGAUCAAACGACGGUGGGAAGAAAACAGUCACAUCGCGGCCAACACGAAUUACCUUGUCAGCCUCUCUGCAGCACCAAGCGCCGGCUGCACCGACGUGAAGUCCAAGUCAGCCAGCCAUUAUCGAAUGCACCUCGGCCUAAGCCACACUGCGGCGCCCGAAAGAGGGGGAAGAGUCUUCCUUGGGUGAGGCAUGGUACUUUCCUGGCUCUCCCUCCAACCAAGCUGCGCCAAGAAGAAGAGGAGGAAAAAAUAAGAAUAAUAAAAGAACGAACGGGAGAAAGCGGGGGAAAGGGAAGUCAAGUCAACCGUCACACGAUGGAUGUAUGGCAAAUACUCGCCAGGGUGGACGCAUUCCAGGUUCGUGCGCCCAAGCGGUUUCGAGGAAAGACAAGACAACACCCUCCCUGGGAAGGUAAUUCACCCGGCCGGCCGUUGGAAUGUCCUAGGUACUCCCAGGUAGCCGGGAAGGGGGUUAACGCUACCCUUGGCUCUAGUAGCGUCUUCCGCUGCUCUGUCGUCAUAAUUCUCUUGUUGUCGCAAUGGGCAGGAGGAUGCAGCAUCGGGUUUCCGGGGCCCGAGGGUUGAACCGAAAGGGUCGGUGGUGCAUCGCUCCUCGUCACCGGGCUGCCCCGUGAUCUCCGACCCGGUCGGCCUUCACAAGCGGAGGUAUAUGCGGGCGAGAGUGGAGCCCAGACCGGUCCAGCAGAGCGGAGGUCGCGAUAUCUUUCUGGACCCCCCACCUCACCGGAACUCAUCAGGAUCAGGUCUCCAGUUAUGGAGCUGUCAUUUGACAGAACAAGAAGCGCGGGGGAAUCGUGACUUGCAGCAUUGUGGUCCAGUUUUUGUCGCCAGAAGGUUCGCCCUGCAGUGCGGAGAAGGCGUCCACGUGACCCUUCCUGCCCGA